AUGUCAAUGUCAGCUUUUCUGCAAAAGUGUUGUGUGAGUGCGUAUUGUGGUGUUUUAAAAAUAAGAUUACCUGUAAGAUCUAUUCAUACGUACAAAAUGGCAGAUAAACCAACGGAUUAUUCGACUGCCAAUGGUUUUGAGAGCAAAACUCCGUUCCUGAUUGGUGUGGCAGGUGGUACGGCCAGCGGCAAGUCAACAGUAUGUCAACGCAUCAUGGAGAAGUUGGGCCAACAGCACAAGGAGCAGACAGAGCGCCGUGUAGUCUGCAUAAGUCAGGAUUCAUUCUACCGCACUCUCACACCCUCAGAGAGGCUCCGAGCUGAGCGAGGACAGUUCAACUUUGAUCACCCUGAUGCAUUUGAUGAUAAGAAGCUUCUCGCUAUCCUGAAAGAUAUCCUAGCUGGCAAGAAGGUGGAGAUACCAGAGUAUGAUUACAUUACCAACUCUAUUAGCCCACAUCGCUCACACACAAUCUACCCUGCUGAUGUGGUGCUGAUCGAAGGAAUCCUGGUGUUCUACUUCCCGGAGGUGCGUGAACUGUUCCACAUGAAGCUCUUUGUCGACACUGACUCAGACACCAGGCUUGCUAGGAGAGUACCUCGCGACAUAAUGGAGCGCGGCCGUGACCUGGAGCAAGUACUGAACCAGUACAUGAACUUUGUCAAACCAGCCUUUGAGGAGUUCUGCUUACCGACCAAAAAGUUUGCUGACGUCAUCAUUCCGAGAGGAGCCGACAACCUAGUGGCAAUCGAUCUGAUAGUGCAGCAUAUAUCUGACUACUUGAAGCGGAGCCCGGUGGAUAAGAACUUGGCGCUGGAGCUCGGGCUGUCUUCGUCCUCGGUGCCCGGCAGUCCGCAGCGGGCCGGGAAGGGAGGCCGGCCGCAUUAAGCUAGUGUUCUUAGAAUAAGAAUAGUUGGAGCGACAUCAGCAAUAAGUAGAGACGUUGGAUGGAGGCGGACGACCAGCAUCGCACCGACAUUAGCGGGUUACACCUAGCGUUAGCUUCUCAAUUUGGCGGGAAUUGAGAGGACACCUAAAUAAAACGUUACUCCAGCACAUAAAAACUUCCAAAAGCGUUAAUCUGUUGUACAACAGCAGUAUCGCGGGCUUUAAAAAGGUCGUUUACACCUAAAAUUCCCGGCCAAUAGUGUUCGCAUCGCUUCGAGCCGUGCUCACUCCCAAAGGGACUAUGGUCGUGAAGGUACACUUGUAUUAAAAUGUUUUGGAAAUUAGUUAAGCUUAAAUUAGAUAUUUAUAAAUUAAAGGACUUGAGAAUAGACCGGUUCUAUAGCGGUGUGCCUUGGAGAAAAGGUGGACUUUAUUAACGUUAAAUUAUUAUUAUAACAUACACGUAGGUAUAGUUGUUUUAAAUAUCUCAAUAACUUUCGGACUUUAGUCAAUUCUCUUUGCAAAACGAAUAACUGAGUUUUAAGCACAAAGUUAUUUUUUUAUAGAAUCGAGUUCCGCCUGUUUUAAAGAGUUUCCCGCCAAAUAUUGCUGCGCCAUAUUAGAAAAAAUGCACUUUAUUAUAAAUACUUAAUGAUAAGUAAGGAGAUAAUUUUCUAAACGGAAUUUUGAAUAAAUCUCAUAAGAGAACUACAUAUCUAGAGAUAAAAAAAAUAUAUUACACUCCUCUAGUUAGUCACUAGUCAAAGAAUGCUUUUGAAUAAUAAUGCUCAAUGGCGAUCGUACUUAUCGGUAUGUUAAAAAAAAUAUGUUUUUGUCAUUUUAUUGAACUGUUAAUUACCUAAGAUAAAUUAUUGAAAAUAUAAACUUACGCGUUUUAAAAGGAUUGUUGAAUAAAGAGUAAUUUGUAAUUUGGAGGUGCGUUACCAAAAAUGAUUAUAAUGGAUGUAUGUUCGUCAUUAUAAUAAAAUUGAUCUUACCGAGUGACUAGGGCACUAUUUGAGAUAAAAGGUUAGGUCUUGCGGACGUCCUAAGUUUGUUACUAGUCAGACGUUAAAGGAGGACGGUAUGACAGAGGCUGUUGAUAAAAAUUUCAUUGUCGUAUUAUGCGAUAUUCGCUUUAUGUUGUUGAUUUUAUUUAUUUAUAGUCUGUAGCUAGGUUUACGUGUAGGUUGUAGGCUUGAGGCUUUAUUCCUCAUUGUAUUUGUACUUAGUGAUUUUUCGCUUACGGUAAUUGUCUGUGUAUGGGCUAGAUGUAGGCAAUGAUUGGGACUGGCAAAGGUUACAUUUUUUUUGGGUGACCUUAUACGUACUAAUAUUGAAGUUCAAAUGAUCAAAAGUUAUGCAACAUUAUCGCUUAUCUUACUAAUAUUAUAAAUGCGACAUAUUUUUUCUAUAAUACUUAUUAUCUACAUAAGAUUUUCAAAUGUUACUGGAGAUGUGAACUAAAUUCAUCCUCGUAUUUUACCAUUGCCAAUCUGAGUUAUUUAUCUAUGUCCUAGCCAAAGUGAUGUGCCUACUUUCGUCACGAGUGGAUUAAUGAAAAAAGAAAACGAUUAAGUAUAAUCGUUACCAACCUAUUUCUAAUGCAAGACAAAUGCAGUUUCCUGUGUACCUAAUGGUAUCUCUUUCUAAUUAGUUGUAAGAUGCAGGAUAGCAAUACAGUUUAUAGUACACGUUUUAAUUGUGAAUUUUAUUUUGGUGACGUCUUUAACAACUGUACAGUGUAUGUCGAUUGAUUUUAUCAUUGUUUAAUUUUGAAUUUUAUCCGAAAAGCUUAAGAGUCUAAAAUUGUGUGUUCUGUCAAUGUGGCCUAGACAGUACCGUGUGCACGUUUGAUUAUUGCCCUUUAUAUCUCAGACUUAAGAGUACUUUUUGUCUGGCAAAAUGUACUAAGCGCCAUAUUAAUUAAGCAAAUUAAGAUAAUUUGAGAUUAAUUUUGGGAUAAUCGCAGAUUAUAGUGUUCUUCUUAUUUAACUCAUUAUCAUUUUAAGUGAAACGAAAAGACAAACAAUUUCUUUCUUUGAAAAUCUGCUAUCAUUUCAAAAUGUAUCGUGUUGUUUUGUUCCUUUAGUUAUUUGUGUCUUGGAUUAUUUAAAUGUCUAGAAAGACUUACAGUAAAUGUGGUAAACUUCCUGCCGUUAUGGUCUUAGGGUCGGUUUGGUAGGCCAAAAGAAUACGUAUUGUGCCUUUUUAAACAGCUAUCUCAAACGUAGGGAUUGAAGAAGGUCCAGAUUGAUCAGAGAACACUGGUGCGGCCUUGAUACGAGUUUGUUAUGCGUGUAAAGUAAUCGAAAUGAGACUGCGUUCGACGCUCUGAUUGGUUGGUUCAUGGGUGCCGGCCAAUCAAAGCGUACUCGUUUACGUACGUCUUACAAAGGCUGCUGCCUGGAAUUUUGCAGGCAGCGGGGCGGGGCGGCGGCGGAAGGAUCUUAUGUAUUGUGUAAAUUCAAAUGAACCGGUUCUCGAAAACACAGCGGCGGGCAACGAGCAGUGCGCUCCAGUCAAGCGGUGCCCGUCGCGCCGCCCCGCUACCCGCAAAAUUUGUGACCGCGUCCUAAAGGUCUGGUUUCUAGCAAAUAUAAUUAUAAUCUCUUAGUUCAUUCGUACACCACCCAUGGGAUGGAUAAUGGUGUUGAAAGUAUUGUAGUCAAGUGCUGCAUAAUGGUACACUUCAUCUAGACAUUUAAAUAGAUCUAAGAUCUAUGAUUGGUUUAGUUAUCAGUUUGUUAGCUCGUGUUACAUGACGCCUAUACGAUUGUACCAAAGAAAGUGUUUGUUACUUAUGUGAUUGUUUUUUAAAUUAUUAUAUAAUAUAUACUAUGUCUAUAAUAAAUUAAUAUAUGGAAACAAUUUUUAAAAGAUUGUUUAGCUGCUGGUAAAUGCAUCCUUAUUGUUGAUGUAAUAGGUUUAGAAAUAGUUCGUAGCUAUACAUUAUAUUCAAUGCAAAUAAAUUAUGUAACGAUUCUUCCGUUUAAACGGGAAAUUGUAAUGUUUUAUAAAUUAUGUACAGGGGGUUCUAGAAGUCGACGUCCAAUCGAUACCCGAUUAUAAGUUAUCAGAAAAA